AAGAUGGCUGCAGUUUCGUUGAAAUAAAUGUGUGUGUGUUCCCAACAGAAUCGGCCGUAAUCAAUCUCAAUACUCGAACUACUAUACGUUACAAUGGCGACGAGGAUGCGUCUGAACUUCGCGAAGGCUGCCAAGCAACGAUUUUAAGCAGAACGAAGAUACCAACACACAUUGUCGAAGCUUCUACUUUGCGGUAUGGCGCACAACAUGCUUCCAUCGUUCCCUUUCUUCGACGCGCGUGCCACUGACGCCAACAACGUCGGCACCGAGUGGUUGAAGUGGGUGAAACGCUUCGAAAACUUCAUCGUAGCCUGCGGUAUCACAGACGAUGCCCGGAAGACGGCCAUACUACUACACUACGUGGGGGAAGAAGUGUAUGACAUGUACUGUGCACUACCCGAUCCUCCCGCUGCCGCAGCUGCGUCUACCAUUUCAAGCACCGGUGGCUCCAGUAACGCAACCCCUCUCUACACCGCAGCACGUAGGAAGCUCGAUGACUAUUUCGCACCCCGAGUAAACACUACCUUCGAGGUUUACCGCUUCCGUCAAGCCAAGCAAAUGGAAAACGAGUCGCUCGACGCAUUUUACGCCAGGCUACGACAGCUUGUUAGGCACUGUGCUUUCGCCGAUGACGACACCGAAAUCAAGAAUCAAAUAUUGCUGUCUACAACGUCGACACGUCUACGCCGGUAUGCCAUGCAGCAUGACCUCGACUUGCAAGGAAUUCUCAAACAAGGCAGGUUAUUUGAAGAGGUCGAGCACGACAUCUCCGUGAUUGAGCAAGAAAGCCGGCAGUGUAAGGAAAACUCGGCGUCAGCGUCUACACUUGCAGUAAACUCCGAGCGCACCUCGCGACCUCAUCAGCCGAAGCACCAUGGGAAAGAGCCGUCACGGACUCGUGAGCCUCCGCGCCAUCAACGGGCAAACGCGACAUGCUACAACUGCGGAAAACCAUGGCCUCACAGUAAGGGACGCUCUAGUUGCCCCGCUCUCGGCAAACGGUGCACUGCGUGUCACAAAACUGGACACUUUGCGAGUGUGUGUCGUUCAGCACACAAAGCCGUACACGCAGUCGUGCGCGACAGCAGCCCUGACAGUGAUGAACACGUUUUCAUGACCUCCUCUCACUGUCACGCAGUCACGGGAUCUCCACAGGUGGAUGUCACACUUGAUGGCGAGGACGUCCGUUUUACAAUUGAUACUGGCGCUACCGUGUCUGUCGUCGGUUCGAACAGCUUAAAAAAUCCAAGACAUCUAAGAAAGUAUUUGCUUAUGGGGCAAGUUCUCCUUUACCGCUGCUUGGAAAGCUUGAUGUUGUCAUGA